AUGCGAGGUUUCGCCGCUUUUGCACCAAAAACGUGGAUCCAGUGGAUAGCCCUUUUGGCUAUCCUUUUCCAGGUCGCUACUGCCUCCGUAGACCUGACAGAUGAAAAUUAUAAUGAGGCUGUGAAUGGAAAAUGGUUUAUCAAGUUUUAUUCACCAACUUGUCCUGCCUGCAAACGCAUCGCUCCCAUGUGGGAAGGUAUGGCAAAGAAGUCGGAAGAGAAGGCCAAUCAAGCCAAUAUCUCAAUUGGCGAAGUGAAUUGUAAAAAAUAUAGCAAUCUUUGUCGCGACUUGGAAAUUAAGGCUUUUCCCACUCUUCGAUUCUUUGUAAACGGUGAGAACAAACAAGAAAUACCGUACAGCGGUUUAAUCACCGAGGCUUCUCUUUUAGACUUUGUUGAUGAUCGUAUUGUCGACGCCGAAAAGGAAAUUGAGGCCGAAAAUACAGAGACACCGAAGGAAGCUUCUGAUGCCGUUGCCCCUUCCGCACCUACCCAGACAUUUUCUACAAGUUCUUUAUCACUGGUAACUGCUUCUGGUACCUCAACAAAAUCUAUUACCGAUUUUACUGAUUUGCAAAUGGCACAAUUUUCCGCCAAAACUUCUUCCGGUAGCCCUGCUUCUGCCUCUUUGACCCCAUCUUCCUCUGCUAUUAAAUCAGGUACUGGUACAUCAAAAGACGACCAUUCAUUGGCCUCCGCUUCCUCUGUUAUUACUACUGUUCCUGCUACAAACAGUGCUGACAAAGCAACCGCUACUUCGCUAUCUGCAUCUUUACAGUCAUCUACCUCUACAACACCUGAAGCUACCUAUGCUAUUCAAACUGCUCCAAAUGUUCUUCCCGAAGGAGGAGAUUCCUCGGGACCCUCGAAUAAAGAUUCUGAAAAAACCGACCAGCCGGUUCUCAAUCCUGCUGGACGCUCCAAACCCCUAGUUACCCAAGAAGACAUCGAGGGUGCCUUAACAAGUGAUGUUGGCUGGUUCGUUCGCUUUUAUUCUUCUGAUUGCACAAAUUGUGCAGAUGUUACUACAGCUUGGGAUUCAAUGGCUGGAAGAAUGAAGAAUAAGCUCAAUGUUGGCCAUAUCGACUGCAGCAAGCAAAAACCCAGCUGUAGCAAAUAUAAGGUUCAGCAUUAUCCUUCUUUCUUUUUUUUCAAGGAAAAUGAAUACGUGGAAUAUUUUGGUCUCCCUAAAGUCGGUGAUCUUACUAGUUUCGCUGAAGAAGCCGCCAACUUCGAGAUCCGUGAAGUCGAAUUUUUUGAUACCACGGAAUCUGAGAAACAUGGAGAUGUCUUCUUCCUAUAUUUUUAUGAUGAUAAGAGUGCUGAUAGCCUUGCUACAAUUCGUAAAACUGCUAUUCAACUGCUUGGCCAUGCCCGUCUUUACCUUACAAAGUCUCAACAACUUGUAAAGAAAUACAAUGUCAAUAACUUUCCAAAGCUAAUUGUCGUGAAAGAUGCCACUCCUAGUUAUUAUCCUACUAGUGUAGCAUCUGAUAUUAUCGAUUACAGAAGAAUUUUGAAUUGGAUGAAGAACAAUUGGCUUCCAGUCCUUCCAGAACUCCAAACAUUUAAUUCUGAUGAAAUUGCUAAUACUGAUACUGUCGUUUUAUUUUCCUUGAAUCCCGAUUCACCUGAUUUUUAUGAAACUAAAGCCACCGCUCGAAACAUUGCCUCUGAAUGGUUAAACGAGGAGUCUCGUGAAUAUCAGAUGGCUUGGAAGGAAGAAACUGAUAAAAAGAAUGCUCAUAUGAACAAAGCUGAGGAAAAGAAUGAUGCCGAAGCGUUAGAGGCCGCCCGGAAUAUGAAUGUCAAGCAUAAACCCGCCCCUAAACGAUUUGCCUGGGUAAACGGCAAUUAUUGGGCAAAAUGGCUUACUAACUUUAAUCUCGAUAUCAAAAACUCGGGCCCAAGGGUAGUUUUAUACGACGCUGGUAAGAAUCUUUAUUGGGACACAACUGCCAAGGGUGAACCCAUCACUGUUAAUAAAGACGUCGUUACCAAUUUUCUUAAGGAUGUGGAAGCUAAUCCCAACUCUUUGAAGCCUAAAAAGCCUAAAAUGCUAAAGGAAAAUGCUGGUCUAGAAUACUUAGCUUCCUACGGAUUGGAUACACGUGCUUUAUACUUAAUUUGUGGUGUCGUUUUUCUCGGUAUUGUUGUUUCAUUAUUUGGUGCUAGAAGGAUUAGAAGUCUUGAGCGCCGACACCGUUCUUCUCCCAUUUUGCCCAUCGCAACAAAGAACACGGGUAAUACUGGGAAAUUUGAUUAA